CUCCCCUACAAAAACGACCAAGACCGGGAAUCUGUCAAGCCGCGCGCGCACGAGUACACGGGCUCAGGAUCGGACGAUGGCGCCGCCGCCCAGGAAGACGCAGCCUUCAACCCGGACAAGACGUCGCCCGAGGAGGCCAAGAAGACAGCGGGUAAGGGCCAAGCCGAGGGAGACAGCAACCCGCUUGAGGUCAGCCCCGCCAAUAAGGACGUGUCGGAG